AUGGUAGAAGACCGAGAUCAGGAGACGGCUCUGCGCCAGGCCUACACAGCUGCGGCGAUUCGGAGGAAUGAGGAGCUCAUUGCGGCCGAGAUCGAAGGCGAGGCGCUCGACAACACCCUGGAGCUGGAGUUCUCAAACGGCCCCCUGAAGGGCCCGGAGCCCAUAGGGGAGGCCUUGCAAGUGACGGUGUGGUCCAUGAGCGGAGCGAUGCUGUGCAGAUUGAGCCUCUCCGCCAGCGCUACCGGGGGCGAAGUCAUGCAGGAAGCAGCCAAAGCCAGCGCCAUCAGGCAGUCCGAGCUGAAGCUCUUCUACAAAGACCGGGAACUUGCUGCCAAGAUGCCCCUGGGCGACUUGUACUCCGGUUCUUCCAUGGACCUGAGCCUUCUUCAUAUCGACCCGGAGUGGCAGACCUUCAUGGAGGUGGUCUCCUAUGCUGGCUGCCAGCUCGCCGUGGCCCCAGCCCGGCUUCAGGCAGACAAGCCUCUGGUCCUCCGCGCGGUGCGACAGAAUGGCUGUGCCCUCGAGUAUGCCGCGCAGCUGCUGAGGGAGGACAUUGAGGUGGUCCUUGCAGCCGUCCAGGACAAUGGUCAUUCCUUGGAGUUUGCCGGCGAGCGGCUGCGCGACGACAGAGAGGUCGUUCAUGCUGCCGUGACACAAAACGGAAAUGCGCUGCGUUUUGCCUCCACAAGACUUCAAGGAAAUACGGACUUGGUCUUGGCGGCGGUGGCUUCGGGCAGCCAGGCAUUUCAGUUUGCAUCUCCCGCCCUGCGCUGCGAUCGAAAGGUCGUCCUGGCAGCCGUUGACCUCAACGGCCUUUCUCUAGAGUUCGCCUCGCAGCAACUGAAGGAGGACAGAGAGGCGGGUGUGGAGGAGCAGCUAGCGGAGGUGCAGCGCGUGCUCUCGGCCGUCACCGAGCCCAAGGUGUCUGCGCUCUGUGCGUCCUUGGGCCUUGAGCUGCUGACCUUCGACUUCCUUCCGGAAGGGGAACCCGGCUGUACCUUUGGGGAGCAUGAGGGUUGCACCGCCAGGCCCUUCAACGUGAACCCCAACUGGGCCCUGUCCGUCCGGGAGAAGGCCGGGAGGAUGAGGGCCCUCAUCCUCCAGGUCUCCAACCCGCACGCCUGGCGCAAGGCCCGGAACACGGAGAGCAAAGUGGCCGCCAUGCGCCUCCUUCGGCAAAAGGGCGUCCCGCUCAUACCCGAGGUCCUCGGCUGGUCUGCAGACACCGGGUCUUCGGAGCUAGGCGCCGAGUACCUCCUCAUGGAACGGGUUCCGGGGGUUGGGCUUGACAGCAUCCUUGACUCGGCGUCGGAGGAGCAGCGGCAGAGCUACAUCAGCCAGCUGGCCACCUGGCUCCAGGCGGUUGGGACCCUGAAGUGCCCAGGAGCCUUGCAGCAGGUGUCCGGCUUCCGGAUACAGGGAGAUGGAGCAACCACAGGGGUGGAAUGGGCUGUCAACGGACCCCCGCUGCCCCUGAGAGACGGCUUUGCGGCCUUUGCACUGGAAGCGCUGGAUGACGUCGUAGCUCGGAUCAAGGAAGAUGCUGCCGCUGGCUGGGAAGUCGACCGAGAGGACAUGCUCCCGUCCCUUGCCGAGGUGAGACGUUUCAUCCUCCACUACCGAGCCAAGUAUGAAGCAACACCAGAAUCCAUCUUGGACGCCUGUGCUGACUUCGGAGUUUGCCAUGGGGAUCUGCACCCUGGGAAUGUGAUGUGCGACCCAGAGUCGGGGAAGCUCACAGGCAUCAUCGACUGGGAAAACGUGAGCUGGGGCCCAAGAGAGCCGGAUAUCUGCGCCUCGUGGCUCGGGGAUCGGAAGUCCCGCAUCCCAGAGCGGGGAAUGCUGUGCAAGCUGCUGGAAGACUUGCGCUUCCUCCAUUUCUUCUCCGUCACGUGGUGGGGCCACUGCAUCACACUGGAGAAGAAGCUGCAGGGACAUGCAGAUGAGGCCCGUAACUGCGCCUCAGACGCACGGAAGGCUCUGGAGACCUUCCUGGCCUCAGCUCGGCCGCUGCUUGAGCAGGAUUUUCAUGGGGAACCUGCGCCGUGA